AUGCGCUGGGAACAGACCAAGAAGCUGGAGGUGCCUCAAGGCGCGGCGGAGGGCGUGAUCAGCUUGUGGUCCUUGGGGACCAUCAAGGACGCAGCGGGGGGCGGCAGCGGGGACUCCAAGGUGGCGUCCUACUCACUCGACACCAAGAAGGAGCCGGGCUGCCGGCUGGGGUUCGCGGGAGGUUUCCCAGUGGGUCCCUGGUGGGUGCGGGGUGGAGCUGGCCCCAGCACCGAUCGCCUGAACUUGCCUUUGAGACCGAUCGCCUGUUGGGACAUGCUGGACAAGGCCGAGUCCUUCUUCGGGCGAAAGCAAAAGUUCAAGCUCCAGCACAAGGGCAAGACGGCUCCGGGGCCCCAGAUCCUCCGAUUCGGGGUCAUAUCCAAGAAGCAGACGGGAUAUGACUGGAACCCCUUACGUAUUGAUGAGGACUCCCCCCUGCUCAUCGAUGUGGCGAACGCCAUACAGGACACGCUUGACGGGGAGAAGAAGAUCGCAGUCCUUGCCAAGACCUUGCAGGGCGAUCUGCGGGAGAUUGAUGCAGAGGGGAAAGAGAAGGGGAAGGUCUACGUGCGCGUGGUGAACUGCAACUUUGCGGAGCUCAAGGGCGAGGACAUGAAGGAGGAGUGGGCGAAGCAAUGUGAAAAGGCACGGAAGAAAGGUCUGAAACAACCGCAGCGCAAGUGGUACUUCUGCUGGUAUGGCAGCAAGAACGAAGCGCUGGACGCGGAGAAGUGGCACUUCCCCGAUGGCUUCUUUCCCCUGGCCACCAUGACGGCGGUGCACCGCUCCCCCGAGCGCCAGGAGAGCGAGCGGGACCAAUUUCUGGUGAAGCUCCUUGGCUGCCUCGUGCUUUGGUACUCUGCGGGGUCGAAGGAGACGUUGAUCUACCGCCGAGAGCAAGGGAAAGCCCUGGAUGCCUGGGUUGAAGGCUUGGACAUGGCCAAUCAAGAGAUCCGAGAGAACAUGAAGGAGGAGAAGGAGGCUGAAGAGAUGGAAGAGAAGGAAAAGGCCAAAGCGCGGAUGAUGCAUGGCCAGUGGAUGCAGAGGAAUGGCAUGCCCCAAAACGAAGAACAGUGGACUGCAUGGUUUCAAUGGAUGAAGAGCGGGAAUCUGGAAGAUGAGAGCAUUCGCAACUUCUACCAGGCUCGUGGCCUUCGGCUGGGCGUUCGAACAGAUCAGCAGGGUGUCACCCAUCAUUGA